AUGGACGCGAGCACCUCGGUCAUAGACCUCACGGCGGAAUCGCCACCCAGCCACCACGCCCGACUCCGCCGCUCUAGCUCAGAGGCCGCCCACCGCCUCCGCCGCCGUCCGUCAAUCGACGCACUCGUCUCCGAGGACAACCGCGGCGCAGGACCGUCUCGGCCGCGAGGCAACCCCGCACCCAGGCCGACUGGCGACGCCGGCAGGCAAAGCGGCACCCGCGGUCGCGCUGACGACGGCGAUGACGAGGUCUUUUUUGUCGGCAUGACGGAAGCACCUCCCGGCGCUCAGAGAGACCUCGGAGACGGCGGCCACUCUUGGCAAAGGGCUUUCUUGGGGUUAGCAGACGAGCCGGAGCGCCGAGGCCGGUCUGCCAGACGCGGAGAGGCUCGCGGCAACCUCAACAUACACGAUGGCCUGCCUCGAGGUCCUCAUGCGAGCAGCACACGCGCCCGUCCAGGCCCCGGCCCAACGCUGCAAGCGCUCCACAGCCACCUCGCCUUUCCUCCGCUGGCCUCCAACCCGUUCCAGGUCCGCCACGUGCCAGACGAGGCGUGGACAAGGAUGCCCGCGAUGCUCACCGACUACCUCGAUGCGCUCAUGCGCGGCCCCAUGGCCCGAAGGCCCGGCACCGCCGCCGCCGCCGCAACGUCCAAGCUGCCUGACGAGUUCGACGCGGCCUGGACCCACCCCACGCCGGCCAAGGCCGGCUUUAGCGACGACUUUAUCGAGCCGCCCGUCGACCUCGACACCUAUUUCGACGACAAGGCCAUCGUGACGGGACCCUUGCCCGACACGACGCCGAUCUGCGCCGACUGCCGGCACGCGCUGGUGCUGGGCGGUGCUGGCGACAAGAGGAUAUGGGUGCUGCCAUGCGGCCACGUCGUCGACGGGCGCUGCAUAGCGCGGCUGAGCGGCCUGCCCAGCGCGGCCGAGCGACAGAAGAAGGAAGCCGAAGCCGCAGCGGCAGCGGCGGUCACAGAGUCGUCGCGGCGAAAGGGCAAGGCGAGAGCCAGCGAGGCCCAGGUCGAGCCCUCGUCCGGGCCCAUACGCAAUACGAGGAGCAGGGCGGCGAUGCAGGCGCCCGCCCCCGCGCUAGGCGGCAGCAAGCCCGACAAGAAGCCCAAGAAGUUCCGGUGCCCCGUCGACGGUUGCGGCCAGAUGGGUCUCAUGGAGUCGGGCCACAAGAUCUCGUGCAUCGAGGCGUUCAUGUAG